AUGUCAGAAUCAACCCCUACUCCAGCCACUGGAGCAGUAAAGCCCAAAUUUGAUCAAGAAGAAUUAAUUAAACUUGUUAAAACUCCUGAUUUUAUCAGAUUUAUUGGACAAUUCAUUACUUUAAUAUCUGUUAUAUUAUAUUCUCUUACUUAUAUUAGAAUUGGAACUUCAUGGUAUUGGAUUUGGUAUCAAUUGUCAUUACUUGGAGUUAUUGGAAGUUUAAGUGUUGUAUUAUUAGAAGAUAUUAAAGUUAAAGGAUUUAAUUUUGUUUCCCUUAUUAAGGAUGAUAAUGUUCAUUAUGCCUUAUUAGCAGGAUUAUUAUUAUUCAUUAGAGCUUAUGUUUUAUUAACUUUAAUUCCAUUUGGUAUAUUUGCUUUAUUUAAUGUUUUAAGUUAUACAAAGGGAUAUUUAUUACCAGUAUUUGGAUUAAAUAAUUCAUCUCCAAUAACUAAAACUGUUGAUAAUAUUGUUACUAAUUAUGGACCAAAAUCAGCUCAAUUAAUUUCAAUUACUGAAAUUUAUACUUAUGGAUGGUUAAUUAUUAGAAUGAUAACUUUUAGAAAGAGAUCUUUAAGUCCUGUAUUAGUAUAUACUGUAUUUUUAAAGAAGAGAUUUGAAACUUCUCAUAUUACAAGAAAUUAUUUUAAGACCCUUGAAGUUCAAGGUGAUAAAUUAAUUAAUCAAGUAAAUCAUCCAACUGUUAAACAAAUUUGGGUUCAAUUCAAGGAUAUACUUAGAAAAGUGGGAGGUAUUUACUUAGUUAAUGAUUAUACUAAGGAACCAGAAAAGACUCUUUAG